AUGGAAUUACUGGCGUCCACCAUCCAGAUGCCCUCAGCCUCAGACGCAAUGAUGAACACAGACAGCUCGACAUCACCUAUAUCAUCACAGCCGUCACCGAUUCAGUCGCCCCUCCAGACACCAUUAGUAGCAGCCACAUCAGACGGAUUUGAACGACCCUCCCUAUCCUAUAAAGAUCUUAUCAUAGAAGCGAUAGAUAGGAGUCCGGAAAAACGGUUAAAAUUGAAUGAAAUCUAUCAGGUAAUCCGAUUGCUGCACCCUUACUACAGACACCGGCCCGACCAAUGGGGAUGGCAAAACUCAAUACGACACAAUUUGAGCCUUCACGAUUGCUUUGUCAAAUUGCCACUCAAACAAACGUCUGCAAGCGGAGUUGUCGGACAUUUCUGGACAGUUGUACCUGAGCUUAGCGACAAACAAACACUCCGAAGGAGGAAUCGUCAAGCACCAAAACCAGUCGCCAAGAGAAUCGAUACUACACGAACACUAUCCAGAGAUGAUGGUAGCUCGGGAAGCGGAGAUUCCUCUCCAAGCCCAUCAAACCCAUCCCCACCAAAUGAGAAUCCACAGAAUCCAUUGUUGCCAGGACUCAACGUUUUGGAACUUUUGAGCAAUAUGGAUUACAAGGCUGGACUUCUUCAAAACAGCUACCGCAACAACUUGGUCCAAGACAACCAUGUUAACAUCCAGAGCCUUCUUGCCAACACUUUGAUGCAAAUCAACCCACAGCUUGGAGCUCUCCUCUCUUUGGCCAAUCUCAACAACUUGAACCAAAACCAGGUCCCAAUUGGAAGCCCAUCCCUCUCCCCAAUCAAGACUGAGAAUCAGUCUUUUCUUCUUCAGUAG